AUGAAAUUAACGAUACGGAAAGUGUCGUCCCGGGACUUCUCGUCGUACAGAUGCGUUGCGAAGAAUUCCCUCGGAGAGACCGAUGGGCUCAUUCGUCUCGAUGGGAAGCACAAAAGCCGUUUCCGUGAUAGUUCUGCCGAAAAUAGAGUCAUAGGAGACUACGAGUUCGAAGAAUUAAAAGACUCUGAUUACGAAUCGACACAAUCUUCCGGUUGUGCUACCACUACUAGCGCCUUCUUUGUCACCAUCGCAUCUUUUAUUAUCAGCUGA